AUGGCUUCCCGACGGGCUGAUUCUUCAAGGUCGUACUACGACGAUCGCGGAGGGGGUCGUUAUGCGCCCCGCCGCGACGACGACAGGCGCGAUCGGUACGCUCGUGACGACCGACGCGAUGACCGGCGGGACACUCGCCGCCGAGACGACAAAUACGACCGCGGCCGUGAGGACCGCUCCCGCAAUGAGCGUCGCGACCGCGAUGCCUAUCGCCGCCGCUCACGUUCACCAUCACCUCGACGAGAUCGCUCCCGUGACCGCUAUCGCGACGACAGGGGCAAUCGCUAUGGCCGGGUUCGAGACUACGACGACCGUGAUCGCGACCGCGACCGCCGUGAACGCGACAGGCGUGAUCGCGAUGCCGGUCGGCGCAAUGAGCGUCGUGGCAGUGACGAUCGCCGCUCCACCACGUCAGGUGCAGACAUGAGGCCCAGCUCCCGAGCAGGCGACAUCUCUCGCGAAGAGAGGGAGAGGCGUGAACAAGCGAAGAAGAAACUCGAGGAGGAUGCGCAGAAAGAGAAGAUGGCUCGAUUAGAGAAGUGGAAGAAGAACGCCAUGGCGAAGAAGCAGGCGCAGGAGCAAGCUGAGAGCCCUGCGGCUGGGUUGUCCCCCGCUAUCACGUCGCCGGCGACUCCGACCACCGCUUCCACGCCGCCGGCUGGUGAGGCAAAGCAGGAUCUCGCCAAGCCCAAGGUUACCGCGAAGAAAGCUGCUGAGAAGAAGCUUAAGCAGGUUAAGGAGCCUUUCAAGCUUGACCAAUCCGCCGCAGCGCGACCGGCACCAUUCAAGUCUGCGGCCAAGGCUGCUACUACUGCUGCCACCGCUGCCACCUCUGUCACCAACCGCCCCGCCGUACAGGCUCCGAAGACGAACGGCAACAUCGGCUCCUUCGGCCUCAAACCCAAGCCUACCACCGACGAGGCAGAGCCUACCAAGAAAGCGUUGCUUGACGACGAAGAGAACACCGGCAAGCGUUCUCUACAGAUAUUGCCCGACUUCACGCCCAUCGAUACAGCGUCACCCGUGGCCUCUGACGGAGCCGCGAUGAGCGAUAUCGGCAGUGACGACGAAGCAGACCAGGCCCAGCUCCAGGCGCGGCUAGAGAAACGCCGGGUCGAGAUUGCCGAGGAUGCACAAAUGGAAGAAGCUCCAACCGCAGACGAGUCUGGCGAAAAGAUGGACGUUGACGAGUCCGCAGGCGCUCAAGUCGACGAUGUCGACCCCCUCGAUGCGUUUAUGGCUGACCUCACCGACACUCAACCCAACGGUCGGGCUCCGCCAGGUGAAGCCUUGUUCAACGCCGACCACGAGCCCGAGUUAACGGCUGUGGAGGGCGAAGACGGCUUCGCGAUGACCAACAAGAAAAAGAACAAGCGGGAGGUCCCCACCGUCGACCACUCAAAGGUUCAGUAUGAGCCCUUCCGCAAGAGCUUCUAUAGCGAGCCGGCAGAAAUCGCCGAGAUGACCCCCGAAGAAGUCGCUGAUCUACGCCACGAACUCGAUGGCAUCAAGGUGAAACCAGACAACGUACCCCGCCCUGUCACGAAAUGGGCGCAAAUGGGUCUGCUUCAGCAGACUAUGAAUGCCUUUGCCAAAGUCCGCUAUGACAGGCCGACACCGAUCCAAGCCCAGGCAAUCCCAAUUGCAGAAUCGGGUCGCGAUCUCAUCGGCGUAGCCAAGACCGGUUCCGGAAAGACUCUUGCCUUUGGUAUACCAAUGAUACGUCACAUCUUUGCCCAGCGCCGGCUUAAGGCCGCUGACGGUCCGAUUGGCUUGAUUCUUGCACCCACCCGAGAGCUUUCCCUUCAGAUUGUCAAUGAGCUCAAACCCUUUCUCAAGGCCUCGAAUCUGAACAUUGCUUGUGCCUAUGGUGGUGCGCCCAUAUCCGAGCAGAUCGCGAUGCUCAAGCGUGGCAAUAUUCACGUGCUCUGUGCGACCGCAGGUCGUCUCAUUGACCUUCUGCAGAGCAACUCUGGUCGUGUCCUCAACUUCAAGCGGGUCACAUAUGUUGUGCUCGACGAAGCUGACCGUAUGUUUGACAUGGGUUUCGAACCACAGGUCAUGAAGAUCUUGGGUAUCAUUCGCCCUGAUCGGCAGACCAUCCUCUUCUCGGCCACCUUUCCCAAGAACAUGGCGUCCUUGGCCCGAAAGGCACUCACGAAGCCUGUCGAGGUUAUCAUCGGCGGUCGUAGCGUCGUAGCGCCCGAAGUCAACCAGGUCGUCGAACUGGUCAAGCCUUCUUACGAGGCGAAGAUCAAGGUGCUACUACGCGAGAUUGGUACCCUCUUUUCGCAAAACGAGAAUGCUUCCGUGCUCGUGUUUGUCGAGCGACAAGAGACGGCUGAGGAUUUGCUGUCCAAGCUGAUCAAAUCCAAAUACAGCGGUGUGAACACUAUCCACGGUGCUAAAGAUCAGACAGAUCGUUCUGAAGCUAUCAACGACUUCAAACGUGGCGUGCUUCCGAUCCUAAUUGCCACUUCCGUUGCUGCUCGCGGCUUGGAUGUCCCGGGCCUCGCCAUGGUUUUCAACUUCGACUGUCCUACCCACCUGGAGGACUAUGUUCACAGGUGCGGACGUACUGGGCGUGCCGGUCAGAAGGGCACCGCAAUCACUCUCAUUGAGCAGCCUGGUCAAGAACGUUUUGCCAUGCACGUUGCCAAGGCCUUGAAGCAGAGCGGACAGGAGGUACCGGCCGCCCUGCAGAAGAUGUCUGACGAGUUCAACGAGAAGAUUAAGCGUGGCGAAGAGAAAUGGUAUGCCCCCGGCUUCGGAGGUAAGGGGCUUGACAAGUAUGACGAAAUGCGCAAGAAAGAAAAGAGGCGUGAGAAGCGUGCGCUUAACAUCGAAGGGGAAGAGGUGAGCGAUGACGAGCCGGAACUACCACUCCCCAAGACUGUGGAGGCUGCUACGACGACAAACGGAGCAAAGACCACUGAAACCGCCCCUGAGCAGCCGGCUUACAUGCAGCUUCUCAGCAACAAGAUUAUCGUCAACAAGACUGAGCGACCUUCCCCUGGCCCAUCCAAGCCUAUGACCGCCAAAGAGAAGGCUAUGGCAGCAGCCAACAAGGUGGACGGGCGUCUGGGCAAAAAGAACACUAUCCAUCAUGGCCAGCCUAUCGACAAUAAAGGCCCUGAUGCUGGCGCGUUCCACUCUACUAUAGAGAUCAACGACUUCCCACAGAAGGCGCGAUGGGCUGUUACCAAUCGAACCAACGUCGUCAAGAUCUUGGACGGGACCGGAGUCUCCAUCACCACCAAAGGCAACUACUACCCACCAGGCAAAGAACCGGGAGAGAACGAACUGCCGAAGCUCUAUAUCCUUGUCGAAGGAGAGACAGAGAACUCCGUCACUACGGCGAUGAUGGAGAUCACUCGCCUGCUCAGGGAGGCAACCAUGUCUGCGGAGGAUCCUUCGUCGGUCCGCGGACCGACUGGCCGAUACAGCGUCGUCUGA